GACCCUGCCCUGGCGUGAAGAAUCACCCAUGGAGAGGGCAGGCCACAUCAGCACCCAUAGCAUGUCCGGUGGCCCACCUUUCGCUCUGCUGACAUCACAAGCAGCAUGCUGGGGCUGGUCGCGCUUGAAUUGUGAUGUCAGGGAACAAAACUAGGGGCAGCCUUCGAGGAGGGGGGCCAACUUGAUAGGGAGAUCAAAACACAGCAGCCGAAGGGAAAGUUGGUGAAGUGGGACCAGGGCUAGGCCGCUGCACCUGAAUGCCUGGGGGUCCUUUUCCAUCCCACCGCAGGGCAGCCAAGCCUCUAGCCCUCGCUGACAUGCAGAAAGUCUCACGUAAGUACUUGGGCUUCCUGCCUUUCGUCUGAAGGGCCAAAGAAGUGGCUCCUUUCCUUUCCAUUGAUGUGACUUCCUUCUGCCCACCCUCUUGCUCGUCCAAGAAACUGUUUCUAUGAGGACUAGUGUACCCCUCCAAGGCCCCUCGGCUCCUGCCGUGGCUUCUUCGUGGCUUUGCUCUAUCUUCUCAGGGCCAGUCCAGGACCACAAGCCAGCCCCGCAGCCGCCGGCCCAGCCCUCCAGCCCUUCCCACACUCAGCUCCUGAUGAGUAACAGCAGUCUCCGCACAUUUGAGGACCAAGUCCUCUGUCCCAUCUGCCUGGAGGUGUUCCGCAACCCGGUCACCACCACCUGCGGGCACAACUUCUGCAUGGCCUGCCUCCAAGGUUUCUGGGACCACCUGGCUACCGUGGGCGAGACACUGUACUGCCCCCAGUGCCGGGAGAGCUUCCCCUCCAGACCGCGCCUCUGCAAGAACGGCAUCCUGGAGGAGAUGGUGACCUGCUUGGCCCAGGUCAAGGGCCAGACCUUGGGGUCCUCACGGCCCCUGGCCGGGCCCAGGGACGUGCCCUGCGACUUCUGUUCCGCCCAGAAGCUCAAGUCAGUCAAGUCGUGUCUGCAGUGCAUGGCCUCCCUGUGCGAGAAGCACCUGAGCAGCCACUUCGAGGACCAGAUGUUCCAGGACCACGAGCUGCUAGAGCCCGUGUGGGAUCUCAAGAGCCGCUUGUGCCGGAAGCAUCGCAAACUGCGGCGGCUGUACUGCCGCACGGAAGGCAGCUGCGUGUGCGGAGCCUGUCUGCUGGAGGAACACAAGAACCACGACACCAUCCCCCUGGAGGAGGAACGUGCCAGGAAGGAGGUGGAGGUUCGGAAGGUCCAGGCCAGCGUGGAAAACCAGAUGCUGAUCAUCAACUCUGACAGCCAGAGGCACCGGGGGCAGGUGGCCUUUCUCUCGAAAUUGAUCCAGACAACACACGAUGAGGUGAACGCCUGCUUCUCAGAGAUCAUCCAGGAGGUCAGACAGCUGCAGAUGAAGGUCUUGGAUUUUGUCGAGAAAGAGGAGGCAGCCGCUCUGGGGAAGCUGGGCAGCUCCAUCCAGCAGAGCCACAACCGGCUCCUGAAGCUGGAGGGGGACAGCAUCUGGCUCCGCGCCCUGCUCGCCAACAGGAGCGACCAGCAAUUCCUGCAGGAGUUCCCCAGACUGAAGCACUUUCCCACCUGCUCGGAAGCCCUGAUGAGCACCAACUGUGAGGAGAAGCAGAGCUUUCUCCAGUUGCCGGAGACCCUGGCGGAGCUCCGGACGCGGCUGCUGGACGUGGGUCUCAGCUUCAUCAAUCAGCUCCUCCUGAAGGGUGACGCAGCCUCCUGGAAGCCCAUGCCCCUCUCUGAAAGGACACUGGGCUGUAAGAGUGUCCUCAGCAAAGCUCCUCAAUCUCCUCCAGGCAUUAAGAUGAACUCCUAUGAGUUGCUGCCCUCAGCUGUGGACAGGAAAACACUUCUCAAGUGUUACUGCAACCUGAACUUCGACCCCACCACGGCCAGCGAGGAACUGUUCCUGUUCAAGGAGACCCACUCGGUGCUGAACCUGGGCAUCCUUCUGGAGCCCUUCGCCGCGGGCGGCCCCUUCCCCGGCUUCAAGCAGUGGCCGCAGGUGCUGUGCUCGCGCGGCCUGUCCGAGGGCCGCCACUACUGGGAAGCUGAGGUGUCCAACUCGUGGGUGUGCCUGGGCCUCACCUACCGCCGCAGCCCCCCGCUCGGCGGCCGCCCGCGCCGCAACAUCGUCUACCUGCUGGGCCGCAACCCGUACUCGUGGUGCCUGGAGUGGGACUCGCUCAAGUUCUCCGUGUGGCACAACAACACGCAGACGGUGCUGCAAGGCGGUUACCACCGCACGCUCGGCGUGGCGCUCGACUGCGGCACCGGCUGCCUCUCCUUCUAUGGCGUGGCGGGCGGCGUGAGCCUGCUUUACCGCUUCCUCGUCUCCUUCCUGGAGCCGCUCUACCCCGCGGUCAUGGUCAGCAGCGGCGCCUCGGUCACGCUCAAGCAGCGCCCCGAGGCGGGUGUAGGCGGCAGCCAAUAAAGCUGGACUCCAGCGCUG